AAAACACAAACUAAAAUGGCCGAUAAACCAAAACGCCCACUCUCCGCCUUCAUGCUGUGGCUCAACAGUGCCCGCGAGUCGAUCAAACGGGAGAAUCCCGGCAUUAAAGUCACCGAGGUGGCCAAGCGCGGUGGUGAAUUAUGGAGGGCAAUGAAGGGAAAGUCGGAGUGGGAGGCUGCCAAGGCCAAGGACGAUUACGAUCGGGCUGUCAAGGAGUUCGAGGCCAACGGCGGCGGUGGCGGUGCUGCCAACGGUGAAGCCAAAAAGCGCGCGAAACCAGCGAAAAAACCAUCCAAGAAGAGCAAGAAGGAUGAGUCCGACGAGGACGAUGAUGAUGAGAGCGAGUAGACUGCUCACCCAACCUCUAUUAUCCAUCACCAAGUCACACACAACCAGCCAGAUCCUACAAUACAAAAACACUGGUGGCAACACCACAUUCAGCAUCAACAUCCACAAUCCCCCUUAAUAGC